GACUUCAGUUAGCAGGUGGUGAGCUCAGCUGACUGGAGGCUCCAGUGAAGGGAAGUUAGCUUUCUGCCUGCUGCUACUGUUGUUGUUAGGUUUAGUUUGUGAUGCUGUAGACCACGGCUGUUAAAACAUUCACUGAAAAUGGAGCGGUACGGGUCGGACAUGGAGGGGGACGAGCAGGAGACACCGCUGCUUCACCGAGGACACGAGCAAAGUGCAGAGAGGUCCCCAGUGUGCUGUUCGUCCCGCUAUGGCCUGGCGUUGCUCUCCUCGUAUGGCUUCUUUGUGGUCUACUCUCUGCGAGUGAACCUCAGUGUGGCAAUGGUCGACAUGCUCAACAACACCCACCAAUCUAGCGCCAACCACAGUGGCUCAGUGUGUCCUGCUCAUGCCAAUCCUCCGCGGCCCAAACACAACCACACGGCCAGUGUAUACGACUGGGACUCUGAAACACAGGGCUGGAUCCUUGGCUCCUUCUUCUACGGCUACAUCCUGACACAGAUCCCUGGGGGCUACUUGGCUGGCCGCUUUGGACCCAAGUGGCUGAUGGGCUUUGGAAUCCUGGGAACUGUGAUUUUUACACUGCUCACCCCUGUGGCUGCCGACCUGGGCGCAAGCUAUCUUAUUGCUGUCAGGGUGCUGGAGGGGAUAGGAGAGGGAGUAACAUUUCCUGCAAUGUACACAAUGUGGGCAGCGUGGGCCCCGCCGCUGGAGAGGAGCCGACUACUCACCAUUUCCUACAUUGGGGCCCAGCUGGGGACAGUGAUAUCUCUUCCUUUGUCUGGUGAAAUCUGCUUCUACCUUGACUGGACCUAUGUCUUCUAUGUAUUUGGUGCUGUUGGCCUGGUGUGGUUCAUCUUAUGGGCCUUGCUUGUCUUUGACAGUCCAAACACUCACCCACGGAUAUCAGAGCGGGAGAGACUCUACAUCACCACCUCACUGAAGAAUGAGCUGUCCACAUCUGCAGGCCACAUCCCAUGGCGAGCCAUAGUGACAUCCGUACCGCUGUGGGCCAUCGUCGUGGCUCACUUCUCCUACAACUGGACCUUCUACACCCUCCUCACCCUGCUGCCGACCUACAUGAGUGACAUACUGGGAUUCAGCAUACAGCAGAAUGGUAUGCUGUCAGCUCUGCCUUACAUGGGCUGUGCAGUGUUUGCUGUGCUGAGUGGCCAGAUUGCUGAUUACCUGCGAGAAACCUGCCAGUACCGCACAGUCGCUGUCAGGAAGUCCUUUUCCAUUGUCGGCAUGAUCGGGCCAGCGGUGUUCCUGGUGGCAGCAGGAUACAUAGGCUGUAACUACACCUUGGCUGUGACCUUCCUCACCAUCUCCUCCUCUCUGGGAGGAGUGUCAGCCUCUGGCUUCAACAUCAACCAUCUUGACAUCGCUCCUUCGUAUGCAGGCAUUCUGCUGGGAAUCACCAACACUUUUGCCACCAUCCCUGGCAUGGUGGGACCAGUCAUAGCAAGAGCCCUCACUAUAAAUAACACCAUAGAAGAAUGGCAGACUGUCUUUUACAUUGCUGCUGCCAUCAACCUAUUUGGAGCGUCGUUCUACACUGUGUUUGGCCGAGGAACAGUGCAGCCAUGGGCUGUCCACACAUCCUACUCUCAUGGAGACUGAGGCAGAAGACGAGGACCAGACUCGUCCAUUUUAUGAUCUGGAUUUGUCAGAUGGACAAACCCCAGUCAUAGGUUUAUUCAACGGGUAAUUUCAGCAAGAGAUAUGUUCCAGCUGAGCUGAUAAUUCUCAAAGUACAGCUAAAUAACAGUGAGUAGCAGCCAUGAUACCUUCAAAGAUAAUAUUUACUGUGAAUGUGAGUACUUACAGUCUGUUACCAGAUGAACUUGCAGUCACAGUAGUGAACAAAGCAGAUUGCACUUUUAGUUAAACAGUAAAUGCUUUGGAGGCAAAAAAUAACUGAGUCAAAGAGCCAAAGCCAGUACCUGAGGCAAGAAAAUGUAGCAAGUUAGUUAGAUAGCUACAGGCUAUAUGGUUAGUUUCAACCUGAGAGGUCAACUAAGCUCCGUUAACAUAGUUAUCCUUAGGUUCAAAGGUCAAGCUGUAAAAGACAAAUUAUCCCAAUUUUGUUACUUUCUGGCAUUCAGGUUUUCCCAUGAGCCAACUUGCUAUGCUCAAUUGUUAUUUCUGCCUCCAGAGCACUUCUGUUUUAUUUGUUUACCCCAGAACUUCACAGUAAACCUCUUGAAUUUUACUGCCAUAGUGAAAGUCUACACAGAGGGAUAUUUUCUUACACCUGUGUGUGUGUAUAGUUUGGGAUGAAACAAAAUGUGCUACUUUCCAAUCCAUAAGUAAGUGCCAGUAAUUGUUGUUUUUAAGUGUUUAAAAGGUUUGCCCCAAAAAUAACAAUCAUGUCAUCCCAAACUAUACACACACAUUAGAUAAUGUCUCUUUUGAGAGAAGAUUGUGACUGUACAGCACGCACAAACACUCGUUUGGGAAAAUGCCUUACAGUGAAGCCUCUUUAAAAUGAUUUUAAAGCUCUUUGUCUCUCACGUGAAUGCAAAUGAAUCAAGUUUUUGUAUUUACUUCCUGGUAGCAGUUAUGUGAUUUUAUGUGUACAACAAUAUGUAAUGUCUUUUCAGGUCAUGUCCACCAGGCACCUCUUUUAUGUUAGUAGAAGCCUUUAACUAAUGCAUAUGGAAAGUAUGGGCUCUGAUAUUUCCAAUCUUUAACACUAAGAAGAUGCUUGGCUGUUGGUGUCUGUCCAAUGAAGGGAAAGAAAAAAAGUGCUUUAAAGCAGUUCAGCCUUACUUUAUUGACUGGAUUUGCACUUUUUGUGCCAGUUCUCAGGUAUCUUGUGUCAUUCAAGGAUUGGAAAGGAUGUUAAUUUAUGUUUGACAGAUUUAUCUAUCACACUGAGGUAUGUGUCCUCAGUUUUUAAAUGUCAACUGACUUAUCUAAUUUUAAAAUAAUUUCAAAUAGCAUGGUUAAUAAUUCAAUAUGUGGUAGUCACCAGGGAAGUGGUUACUCUUAGUAUAAGCUUUUUAUCAAUGUGACCAACUGAUUAAAUAUAAUUUUUCCAUUACGUUUGCACUCUCAGGUCACUUGUAUAUACUCUGUGUGUUUACCCUUUAUACAUGAUGACUGCAAAGAGGUAAAUCAAAACUAAGCCACAAGGGAAACAAUUUGUCUUGGUUGCAAUUUCUGUCAACAAGUAUGACUAUCAUCCCAAUUCAAGAUGAAAUGCAUUUGUGCCUUAUUACAUUAGCUUAAAUGGGAUCAGACAAUAUGGGACUGUAGAGUCAUUGUUUUUUUACUGCUUUUUCUUAUUUCAGUUUCACAGUUGUGUCAACACACAGAGAGUAAAGGGACUUUUGUAUGAUAUAGAUAUAUGUGUACACUGUAUCAAGAGCGUGAUUAUUGUAAACUUUCACCCUGGAAACAUUCCAGUGAUGUCUUUAUCACUGUCACGCAUUGUAAAUAUCUCAUCAUAUAUAGCUAUGCUCAAAUAUAA